CGCGUGAGUUCGUCCCAAGUCUCGCGUUGUUUGGAUAAGUUUCUUCCAUUCCACGCCUCCCCCUUUCCCACCUUCAAGGAGACUUAAAGAUGGCAGUAUCGGUCGCUUUGAGCACCUCAAGGAACCUCUGGAGGCCGGCUUUGCUGGCAUCUCGCUCGGUCCAGGCUCUAACAGACAGCAACCGCAGGAAUGUGGCCUCGCAACAGACAAUUCCACCUCCUGCCAAAUAUGGGGGGCGGCACACCGUGACCAUGAUCCCUGGAGAUGGCAUUGGGCCGGAACUUAUGCUUCAUGUCAAGGAAGUAUUCAGGCAUGCUUGCGUACCUGUGGACUUUGAAGAGGUUAUUGUGAGCUCAGCGGCAUCUGAAGAGGACAUGAAGAAUGCCUUGAUGGCCAUUCGGCGUAACCGUGUGGCCCUCAAAGGAAAUAUUGAGACGAACCAUAACCUCCCACCUUCCCACAAGUCUCGGAACAACAUCCUGCGUACCAACCUGGAUCUCUUUGCUAAUGUUAUUCAUUGCAAGAGCCUUCCGGGAGUGGCAACAAGGCACCACGAUAUUGACAUCUUCAUCAUCCGGGAGAACACAGAGGGGGAGUACAGCAGCCUGGAGCAUGAGAGUGUCUCUGGUGUCGUGGAGAGCCUGAAGAUCAUCACUAAGGUCAAGUCCCUGCGCAUUGCUGAAUAUGCCUUCAAGUUGACACAUGAAUUGGGACGCAAGAAGGUGACAGCUGUCCACAAAGCCAAUAUCAUGAAGCUGGGCGAUGGUCUCUUCCUGCAGUGUUGCAAAGAGGUGGCAGCAGGGUACCCAAACAUCACCUUUGAAAGCAUGAUUGUUGACAACACUACAAUGCAGCUGGUGUCCCGUCCACAGCAGUUUGAUGUCAUGGUUAUGCCGAACCUCUAUGGCAACAUCGUCAACAAUGUCUGUGCUGGAUUGGUCGGGGGCCCAGGUCUGGUGCCAGGGGCCAAUUAUGGGCACAACUAUGCGGUGUUUGAAACGGCCACACGCAAUACUGGCAAGAGCAUUGCCGGCAAGAACAUUGCCAACCCUACUGCUACACUGUUGGCUGGCUGCAUGAUGCUGGACCAUCUCAAACUGCACAACUACGCAUCUGUUAUCCGCAAGGCAGUCCUAGCCUCUAUGGAUGAUCCACUUACCCAUACCCCAGAUAUUGGUGGUCAAGGAACCACCUCAGAAGCUGUUCAAUCAAUUCUGAAACAGAUCAAGAAGACAGACCAUAGCUUGAUGCAGUGACAUGAUGAAGCUGAAGCGGUGUUCUCCCUCUACUGCUAAAAAUAAUCUGUUGUCUGUAAAUGGAACAGAUCCUUCCACUCCAAACUGUCCAAGCACAACAUUCACCUUCUGUACAUAGUGUUUGAGUUGGCGUUUCCUCCGCAAAUUAAAUUAAUACAAUUGUGA